AUGGGUGGCACUGGAACAGGCAAGUCCUCCUUCAUUGCAGAGGUGACUGGGAAACGGGUACAAAUUGGACACGAUCUACAUUCUUGUACAGCAGAAUGCACAAGCUACGAGUGUCGCCUCGACGAUCAGAAUACCGUGACACUUGUCGAUACCCCUCGGGACCUACAAGAGGAAGAUAUCCAAUUGGUGGGAAUCAUCUAUAUGCAGCGCAUCACCGAUAGGAGGAUGACUGGUGCCUCUUUUCUGAACUUGCAGAUGUUUCAAGCCUUCUGUGGAGAGAAAUACUUCCCGCAGGUAGUGCUUGUCACUACUAUGUGGAACAAGAUCUGGGACAAUAAUGCAGCUCAACAGGAACUGCUAACCAGAGAAAGGGAGUUGGCGACGACGCCCGAGUUCUGGGGCGAUAUGAUUGCUCAUGGUGCGAAAGUGAAACAGUUUCACGGUGACAGAGCGUCGGGGCUCAAUAUAAUUAAAUUGCUUUAUCAACAAGAGCACGCCCGAAGGCCCUGUAUCAUGAAGCAGUUUGACCAGGGGUAUAUGCUACCUGAUACUGUGGCUGGACAGGUCAUGACGGCUGAGAUCAUAAGGCAAGAAAGAGGAGAGAAAAGGAGGAAAGAGAAGAGAGGGAAGAGAUAG